AUGAAACAAGUCUUCGCCGGCUGUACCGAGCCCGCCCGAUCAUCCAUCAGAUUCGCGUUCCACGACUCGGCCGGCUACUCCAGCGUGACCAAGCCCUACGGUCCCGCAAGCGGCGGCGCAGACGGCUCCCUCCUCCUCAACGACGACGAAAUCGCCCGCACCGGCAACGCGCCCAUGCCCUUCGCGCGCACGCAGCUCAAGACGCAGUGGGAGGGUUUCAAAGACCAGAACGUCACCGCGGCCGACUUCGUGCAGAUAUCCAGCCUCAUCGCCGUCCGCAGCUGCGGCGGUCCGGCGUACAAGAUGCUCGUGGGUAGGGAAGACGACGACAACGCAUGUCCCCAAGGCACCCUCCCCGCCGCCUUCGGUCAGGAUUCCUCUUACGACGUCCUCGUGCAGCUCUGGGCGGAGAAGGGCAUCGAUGAGCGCGAACUGGCUGCCCUCAUGGGCGCGCACACCGUCUCUCGCGCCUUCGCGCAGCAGAGCAACGGUAUUCCUCCGCCGGAUGUCUGGAAUACCGCGUACGAUGCUGCGGCGUUUAAGCUUAGUUUGUUGGGGGUGUCGCGGGCGAAGAUUGAGGGGAUGGCGGAUCGCUCGGGACUGGAGCUGUGA